AGUCGUUAUUGAUGGUGUAGAAGUGAAUGUGUUGCAUACUGGUUAGAGUGUAAGUUUGCAUCUGGCGUUCAAAAGAAGAGAUAAGGUUGUGGUGGUGGAGUAGCAUGUUGAAGGCCGCAGCACGGGCGGCCCCUUUGGCAAGAUGACCCAUACGAGACACUCUCACCCUCGUCCACGAGGUCGACCUCCGCCGGUCCAGCCCCACCCACCCCCUAGUGCAGUGAGAAGGACGUGUGUCAGGCCGUGGCAGCAACAGACGGUGUUGGCCUUGUUAUUGUUUGUAGCCUUGUACGAUGGACCAGGCGUGGGCGGCGUGGGUGGGGACGAGGUGCGAUUUUCGGCACCCUUUUAUAACGCCAGCGUGCCCGAAAAUGCCCUGGGCAACACAGUGGUGGUGAGCGAUGACAUGAUGGGCGUCUACAUGACCGACCCAUCUCUCAAAAUCAAGUACCGCAUCACGGAGGGUGAUGACCAGAACUUCUUCAGGGCGAGGGCCAGGGAAGUGGGAGACUUCUGCUUCCUGGAGAUCACAGUCCGCACGGGCAAUAGGCACGUGCUGAACAGAGAGAGCAGGGACACUUAUACUCUCAAAGUGAAAGCGCAGCAUCGCCGCCACGAUCGCACAAAGGAAGAUAUACCCGGUGCUGUGAGUGAGGUUAGAAUUACAAUUACUGAUCUGAACGACCUCUCCCCUUUCUUUUUGCAAGAACAGUACAGGGUACGACUGAGUGAAGAAACACCCUUGCAUACCUCUGUGGUUCGCGUGAAGGCAGAGGACCCUGACGAUGGUCUCAACGGCCAGAUCUACUACAACUUCCAUACCCCUACACCCGUUUUUGCCAUCCAUCCAACGUCUGGUGUAGUUACGUUGACUCGUCCAUUAAGGUAUUUAGAACAAUCUAGUUAUGAGCUAACAGUUCAGGCUCAAGACCGAGGUCGGCAGCAACGAGGACGCUGGCCAGCAAGUGCUAAACUGUUCAUCAAUGUUACCGAGGAAAAUGUUUAUGAUCCUCAAAUCCUAGUGACUAAACUCCCCGAGGCCAUGUCACGAGCUCACCUAUCGGUUGUGGCCAUAAUAAAUGUCGCUGAUCAAGACAGAGGACCAAGUGGGGAGGUGAAGUCUUUAGAGAUAGUGGAAGGGGACCCAGAUAGCGUAUUUCGGGUUCUUCCAGGCUCAGGGGGCAAUGAAUUUAACCUGGCAGCUCUUGAUACCAUUGACUGGACAGAUUCACCAUUUGGAUUCAACUUGACACUGAAGGCCACCGAUGGGGGCACUCGACCACGUUUUAGUUACAAGGUUGUGCGCGUAGCUGCACCACCAGAACCAGAACAAGAGGCUGUGUUCACAAAGGAAGUAUAUCACGCCACCGUCAGUGAAAUGGCUCCUUUAGGUACAAUGGUUGUACAGAUUGGGUCUUGGUUACCAGGUGCUCAAAGACGGGUAAGAUUUACUAUUUUGGCCGGAAAUAGAGGAGGCCAGUUUCAUCUUGAUCCCACCUCAGGUGUCAUUACCACAGCUGCUGUUCUCGAUGCAGAAACCAGGGAUACAUACACUUUAACAAUUGCAUCCACCACUCCCUCUCUUCUUUCUCCACAACAUCAAGCUUCUGCGAAGGUGAUAGUGAAGGUAUUAGAUGCCAAUGACAACACGCCCAUGAUAGUUGCUCCUCAGGGUGUUGUUAAGGUGGAUGAACACCAGCCUGCAGGUACCUGGGUCACCAAAGUCCGUGCACAAGAUUACGACUCGGAUGAAAAUGGAUAUGUUUCUUACAGCUUAGCAAAUGAUGACGUGCCUUUUACUGUGGACCAUUUUACAGGUGAAGUAAGAACGACGAGGGCACUUGAUUACGAGACUGAAAAACGAGUUUGGAAAUUGCUCGUCCGUGCAUCUGAUUGGGGCUCUCCAUUCAGGCGGCAGAGUGAAAAAAUUAUAACCGUGCACGUGGAAGAUGUCAAUGACAACAGGCCGCAGUUUGAACGCAUAGGUUGCACUGGUUUCAUUGAUCGCUUUGCCCCUCUUGGUUCGGAAAUAUUUACGUUAUCUGCCGUGGAUUUUGACCAAGGGAAUAUAAUAAGUUAUAGAAUUGUGGGUGGAAAUGAUGACCGUUGCUUCUCAUUAGAUUCUACAUCUGGUGUAUUGACUCUCACCUGUGACCUCCAAGAUCUUCAGGCUUCGGAGAGGGUGGUUAACGUGACUGCUACUGAUGGCCAACACUUUGCUGACACAUUAUCUCUUCGAAUGCACCUAGAAAGACAGCAGAACCCAAAUGUGGACAAAUUUGCACACCUCGAUUGCCGGAGUAUGGGAGUGGUGGAGAGGCUGGCAGAACAGCUGGCAAAAGCUGCUAAAAACAACCGAGGGGAUGAUUCCGUAACCUUACUGAGUCCUCCCGCUGACGUCACUAAUGCCCAUGCACCCGAACUGGUCCACGUUCCCUUAGAGGUUCGAGUGCGGGAAAACAGCGAACCUGGUACCGUCGUUCUUAAAUUGGACGGGAGAGAUGAAGAUCCCGGUUACAUGGGACACUUGGUGUACGCCAUUUCAUCGGGUAAUGAAGAUUCUGUGUUUGUUAUGAACAUGGACACAGGGGAGUUGACUGUGGCAGGCUUAUUGGAUCGGGAGAGAGUGGCUCGCUACAACCUCAACCUGACAGUGUAUGAUUUGGGAACCCCACAAAGAUCAGACUCGAAACAGAUUGCCAUCACACUCGUGGACGAGAAUGACAACGUCCCCAAGUUCGAUAAACCUGCAUAUAGUUUCUUUUUACCCGAAAAUGUAGCAAACGGUACAAGCGUCUACGAACUCAAAGCUCACGACCCAGACGAGGGCAUCAACGGGGUCGUGACCUACAGCCUAGCCACGGACACCAAAGACUUCCGUCUCGAUCCGGUCAGCGGCAGGUUAAGCGUCGCAUAUCCGCUCGACCACGAAACACACGACGUUUACGAGCUGCGGGUCGUUGCAACCGACGGGGGAGCUCGAUCCGCCCACGCCUACGUCACCAUCCAGGUAGCGAACAUCAACGACUGCCCGCCCGUCUUUCCGACGGAGCGAUCCAUGGCGGUCCGAGUGCCUGAGGAUUUGCCUGUGGGCGCCCUUGUGACCCUCGUCGCCGCCCAUGAUCCAGAUUCUCCACGCCUAAGGUACGCCCUCGUGGGUGGUCACGAAGAUAAAUUCAGUUUAGACGAGGACACGGCGGCUCUCCGCCUCGCUUCCAGUUUGGACUAUGAGGCAAGACCUGCUUAUAACAUCACCGUCAAAGCGACUGAUGACGGUACGCCGUCCUUGUCAGCGACAACUUAUGUCAUCAUUCAGGUUGUGGAUGUGGACGAAAACAUCCACACGCCCGUCUUCGGCCUGGACGUCCUGGAAGCCUCUGUGCUGGAAUCGGCUCCGCCCCACACCCUGGUCGCCUCCGUCCCAGCCGUGGACGGCGACCAGAACCCGGCCGAUUCGGCUCUCUCCUACUCCCUCGUCGGGUCGGAGGGUAAUGGUGUUUUCUACAUCGACCAGAAAGGAGACAUCUACACAUCUGCAUGGCUAGAUCGGGAGACCGUCGCACGCUAUUGGUUGUGCGUUCGGGCACAAGACUCGGGUACUGUGCCCAAACAUGCCACUCUGCACGUUUACGUAUCGGUGGAAGACGUAAACGACCACCGGCCCCUGAGCACGUGGCCGGUGUACUGGCCGGGAGUGGCCGAGAAUUCUCCACCGGACACCGUUGUGGUGACUGUGGCUGCAUCGGACGCCGAUCCGGGAGCUAACCUUACCUUCGGCAUCACGGCCGGUAACCCGCAGUCCCACUUCACCAUCGACGCCAACACUGGUGAGAUUCGCACGACUGCCAGGCGGCUGGACCGCGAGAAGCAGGCGGAACACGUGCUGGAGGUGACAAUCAGCGACGGAGAGGACCCAGCUACCGCCCUGUCGUCCACCGCUUACGUCACGGUCAACGUGCAGGACGAGAACGACAACAAACCCACCUUCCUCGAGCGGUACUACAAGUUCGCCGUUCCCGUCGUCAAACGUCGAGAAACUGCGUCGGUCUUCACGGGCGCAGGGGAAUACGUAGAGGAUAUGGCCAUCGGGCAGAACUCCUCCUCGCCUGAUGCUGAUUACUUCCUCCCAUACAACAAGAACUUGAAAAUGACCUAUUUAGAAGAAGUGGAAGAGGAGGGCUCAGGCGAAGGCCCCUACUCCAUGAAAGGCCUUCUCGCCAAGCCCAAUCUGCUGGAAGUGGCGAUGCGAGACCAAGAUCAAGCCAUGGAUGAUGAGGGGGUGGUGGAGGAGGAGGAGGAGGUGGACUUGGAUUUUAAACCAAUUUGUAGGGUCAUUGCAGUUGACAAAGAUGAGGAUGACAAUGGAGAUGUGAGUUAUAGUAUUGAGAACAACAAGUGGCACGGUGCUUUUAAAAUCCACCCCAAGACCGGAGUGAUAUCAGCCAAGGUUGGAUUGGAUCCUAAUGAAGAAUAUGAGUUUGAGGUGCAAGCUAUAGAUAAUGGACGACCCAGGCAAGCGUCUUCCUGCUUUGUUUCAAUAAACAUGGUAUCAGUCCCUGAAACCUCUGCCCAUGCUCCAGUUAUACUCAAAGAUCCUGAUGUACGAGUGACAGUUUUAGAAAGUGACCCCAUUGGCCAUCAUGUCAAACUCAUUGAGGCUCGGGAUGAUGAUGAAGAUGAAAGGCUAUGGUUUGACAUUACAGGUGGAAAUGAGGAGCAUAUGUUUACAAUUGGUCGAGACACUGGAAGUAUCAUGGUUGCUGGUCACUUGGACGCAGAGAGAACAGCAUUAUACAAUCUUACCAUUUCUGUCACUGAUGGAGUUCAUGUUUCUACCAGUCAGCUCAUUGUAACUGUGCUUGACGUGAAUGAUAACCGACCAGCCUUCUCAGAACCUACUUAUGAAGUUGAGGUAGGAGAAAACACUGCCCCUGGCACCACAGUAUUUACGCUCACUGCAUCUGAUCCUGAUUCUGAUCAGCAUUUGACAUUCACCCUCAUAAAUACUGCCCACAUUGCAUCGUUUUCAAAAUUUCGUGUGAACCCAGUGAGCGGGGAUAUUGUUCUGUAUGAACCUCUAGAUAGGGAAGUACAAGAGGAGCACAUUAUUACUGUUGGUGUCAAAGACAGAAUAACUCCUACAAAAAGUGACUACGCUCGUGUGAUAAUCAAAGUACGAGAUAGUAACGACCAUGUUCCUCAGUUCUUGGCCACCCAGUAUAAUGGCACAGUUACAGAGACGGCAGCUAUUGGAACAACAAUCGUUAAAAUCACAGCCGUCGAUAGAGACAAAGGACCAAAUGGCCAUAUAAUGUAUUCUAUAAUAUCUGGUAACAUUGGUGGAGUUUUCAGCUUGGACCCAGUAACAGGCAUGAUAUCUCUUGCAAGAUCAGUUGAUAGGCAAGAAAUGCCAGAGUACUGGUUGGCUGUACGUGGAAGUGAUAAUGGAUCACCUCCUCGUCAUUCUAAUGUCAAUGUCAACAUUCAUGUUAAGAUUGCUCAUGGUGCUCCUCCAAGGUUUUUGAAGAAAGAAUAUGUUUUUGAAGUGAGUGAGGCUUCACGUGUUGGAGAUUACAUCGGUAUGCUGGAAGUUGAAAGCCGGUUGGGUGUUACCUUUUCCUUUGUCGGUGAACUUAGAAGAAUACCAUUUGUGAUUAACCCAGCAUCAGGAAUGGUUUCAUUAGACAUGCCUGUCGAUUUUGAAAAAGUGCAGUCUUAUAAUUUCACUGUGAUUGCAUCAUCAAUGAAUGGCAAAGAGUCAACAGCUCAGUUGAUCAUCAAUAUCAGAGAUGAGAAUGACAAUGCUCCAUUUUUCACUCAAAGCACCUACAGUGGCCAUAUAUCAGAAGCUGCUUCUAUCAACUCAGUUGUAUUGAUGGAAAAUAAUGCUCCAUUAGUGAUUACAGCCAGAGACAAAGAUUCAGAUCAAAAUGCAAAUUUAGUUUUCACUAUCAUAGAAGAAGAGGCAAGAAUGUAUUUUGCCAUUGAUUCCUCAACAGGUGCAAUACGGACAACAGGCUCUUUGGACCAUGAGGUUAUUCCAGAAGUUACAUUCAGUGUUCAGGUUCAUGAUAAUGGACAGCCAAGGUUAUCAGCAUCAACCACAGCCACAGUUACCAUUAUAAUAACUGACAUUAAUGAUGUUCCACCACGAUUCCUAUUACAAGAAUAUAAUGCUACCUUAUUAACACCUACAUACAAGGAUGUCACAGUUGUACAGUUGAAUGCCACAGACCUAGAUUUCGGUGGCAAAGCUAAUCUGCAAUAUGAAAUUGCUGAUGGGAACAGAGAUGGAAAAUUCAAGAUCAAUUCAAAGACUGGUCUUAUCACUGUAAAUCAAUCUGAAAAUCUUGUUGGGAGCUAUCAUCUGAAAGUGACAGUCAGUGAUGGCCAGUUUGCUUCAAGUGCUGCUGUGAACGUCAUUGUAGAAGGUAUACCACGUACUGGUUUAAGAUUUAGUGAGGACAAAUAUUUUGCAGCAGUGGAGGAAAAUAGUACAAAUGUGGACAAAGUCUCCAUGGUCCAUGUACUUGGAAGUGAACUUAAUGAACAUCUUCGUUUUAGCAUUCUCAAUCCAACCGAUAUGUUUAUGAUUGGAGAAACGUCUGGAGUCAUACAGACAAUGGGUAAACCAUUUGACCGUGAAAAUCAGGACAAUUACUUAUUGGUCAUAGAGGUCCGAAGUUCAGUUACAUCUUCACCACCAAGAGUAGCCCAUGUACAGAUGCAUGUCGUUGUGACAGAUAAAAAUGACAAUGCUCCCAUAUUUGUUAACACUCCUUACUAUGGUGUAAUAUCUGUUGAUGCUAAGAAGAAUCAAGUUGUAUUUAGGGUUCAGGCAACUGAUUUUGAUGCUGAUGAAAAUGCUGAUGUUCGAUAUGAGCUACAACGUGGAAAUGGGGAACUUUUCAGUGUCAGCCGAACAACCGGAGAGAUAACUCUUAAGCAGUCUUUGGAGGGACUGCGAAAUGAAUAUGAACUAAUUAUUAAUGCUUAUGAUGGAGGAACCCCACAACUGUCUUCUCAAGUCCCAGUGAGGUUGAAAGUAGUAGACAGAUCACAGCCUAUUUUUGAUAGGCAGUUCUAUAGUGCUACAGUGGCAGAGAAUGCAGAGUCACACACACCCAUUGUGACUGUUACAGCGCAUAGCCAGCUUAACAGGAAGCUUAUCUACACCUUAGUGGGAGGCAAUGAACACCAGACCUUUGCCAUGGAACAUGAAGAAGGCCUUAUAAGAGUUUUAGAUGACCUAGACUAUGAGACACGAAAUGCAUACCAGUUAACUGUCCGAGCUACUGACAGUUACUCUGGAAAAUGGGCAGAAGUAGUAGUGUCAGUGCAAGUCAUAGAUGUUAAUGACAAUGCACCAACAUUCCAUGAACACUUCUACAACAUUAGUGUGUCAGAGGCAACAGCUGUGGCAACUCCAAUUUUAACUGUGACUACAACAGACGAAGAUACUGGACCAAAUGCUGGAGUCACAUAUCGUCUCAUGGGCCUAAAUGGAAGUCUUCCUGAAAAUUUCUACAUGGAAGGAGAUUCUGGAAUCCUUAUUUUGAAGCAGGGUCUUGACCGAGAAACCACUCCAGUGCACCACUUUUUAGUUCAGGCCAUUGAUAAAGGAACACCCCCACUUUCAUCCACAGCUCACAUUUUCAUUACAGUGUUGGACAUGAAUGAUAAUCCUCCAGUAUUUGAGCAAAAAGCACAGCAUUGUGUUGUUACAGAAGGUGCAUCUCGUGGUCAUUUUGUAACUCUUGUUUCUGCAUCAGAUGAAGAUGUUAGCGACAUUGAUAAGCUUACUUAUUCUGUUGUUGAAGGGAAUGAAUUACAAGCAUUUGCUAUUAACUCUGCAACAGGUGUAGUGACAGUUUGGAAUAGUCAGAAGCUUCAUGAAACUAAUCAGCACGUUCUCAACAUAUCAGUAAGUGAUGGUGUAUUUACUGCGUAUGCACGAUUGGCAGUUUCAAUUACUCCUGUAAAUGGCCACUCACCAACCUUCAAGGUUGCCCAGUAUGAUGCCCAUAUACCUGAAAAUUCAGCAGUAAAAACAAUAGUCGCUCAAGUUUCAGCCAGGGAUGUGGAUUCUGGUCGCUAUGGAGAUGUCACAUAUCAUUUUACUGGAGACAAUGCCCUCAACUUUUUCAGAAUCAAUGAAAACACAGGAGAUGUAUGGACCAACGAGGUCUUUGAUCGUGAAGAAAGGGCAGAGUAUUCUUUUACUGUUAUGGCUAUGGACAUUGGAGGCCGUACAGGAUUCACUACACUUCAUAUUACUGUGGAUGACACCAAUGAUAAUAAACCUGUGUUCAUGCAGAAAGACUACAAGGCCAUCAUCAGGGCUAAUGCAACAGCAGGAUCUAGUAUUCUCAAGGUAUUUGCUCAAGAUGCUGAUGCUGGUGAGAAUGGUACUGUUACUUAUCAUUUCCAUGACUCAACCUUGCCCGACAUCAGAGCAUCUUUUGACAUAAAUUCAACUACAGGAGAAAUCAUCUUGAAGAAAAAUGCUCAAGACUUAGGUAAUUCAGUGUUUGAGUUCUUUGUUGAGGGUCGAGAUGGUGGUCGGAGAAAUCUUCAUUCAGAUGUAGCUGUGUUGCUGAGGGUGGUGGAUGUCAGUGUCAAACUUCCAGAAUUUUUGUCUCGCAAAUAUACCCUUACUGUCCCAGAAGAUACUGCACCAGGCACUCGAAUUGGCUCAGUGGGUGCUCGUUAUGAUGGAGAACUUGAGUAUACAGUUGACUGGGGUGGUCAGGAAGUCACUCCUCCUGUGUCUGUCACUCAGGAAGGAAUACUAACACUUACUUCAAGACUGGAUAGAGAAGAAAUUCAGCGACUUUCUCUAAUUGUCACUGCCCUGCCAGUUGAUGAACCAGAAUUGGCAACAAGUACCAAUGUGGUUAUUGAGGUACAUGAUGUCAAUGAUGAAUCACCUGUGUUUGAAAGUGAAAGGUACUAUGUUUCUGUUGCUGAAAAUACACCUUCUGGAUCAAAUGUAGUAAGAGUUUGGGCCAGUGACCGUGAUGCUGGAAGUAACUCUGAGAUUCGGUAUAUCAUCGAUGAGCAGUCACCUCUUGUAGAGAAACCUUUAUUCACCCUUGAUCCAUAUUCUGGUUGGCUUUCACUAAACCAAGAAUUGGACGCUGAGGCUAAAUCAAAAUACGAACUGACAGUCAUAGCCAGGGAUAAUGGAAAUCCAAAAUUAAGUUCUACUGCAAUUAUUGUCAUUGAAGUCAUAGACUACAAUGACAAUGCUCCACUCUUUGUUAAGGAGAGUUACCAAGCUUCAGUUAUGGAAGAUGCUAUACCUGGAACGGUAGUUGUGCAGCUUGAAGUCAUUGAUUAUGAUCUCGGAGGAGGGGCAUUGGAUGGUGAAAUGGGCCAGAACAUUGUUUAUUAUUUGACCUCAGGAAAUGCUCUUCAGCAUUUCCAUGUCCGGGGUGGUGGACAGAUUUAUGUUGCUAAGAGUCUUGAUCGAGAAACUGUGGAUCAGUAUAUCUUGGAAGUAACAGCAACAGACGGUGUUUAUGUCGCAAAAUCUCUGGUCUUUAUUGAGAUUUUGGAUAUCAAUGAUAAUGGUCCCCUUUGCACAACUCCUGUUUACCGUCACACUGUAAGUGAAGCAGCCCCAAUUGGCACCUUACUUCUUACUGUGUCAGCUACUGACCCUGAUCUUUCAUCUCAUCCACAAUUCUUCCUUACGGGCCCAGGAGCUGGCAAAUUUGCAAUGGACAUUGAUUCUGGUCAGUUGACUAUUGAAAAUCCUUUAGACAGAGAAAAGCAGUCUCAUUACUCUCUAAAAGCUACCGUCAAAGAUGGUGACAAUCUUGAUUGGGAGUGCUCUUGUCAGCUGGAAAUAGAUGUUACUGAUGUGAAUGAUAAUUCCCCAGUAUUCAGUAUGCCAAGCUACAGUGUCAACGUUCCAGAAAACUCACCAGAAAAUCUGUUGCUUAUCAAGGUUCAUGCUUCAGAUCCAGAUAAAGGUGUUAAUCGUAAAGUAAUGUAUGCAUUGGAAGGGAAUGAUAUAUUCCUGUUGGAUCGACAGACUGGCAUACUAAGUGUGACACAAACUUUAGACAGAGAAAAGCACCCUAUGUACAACCUUACUGUUAUAGCAACAGACCAUGGCACCCCUCAGCUGUCUACAAGGACUAAUAUUCUUGUACUUGUAUCAGACGUCAAUGACAAUCCUCCAGAAUUUGCAAGUCAUACAUAUUACACAACUGUAACAGAAAGUACAAGCAUUGGUUCUGCCAUUGUUCGUGUAUUGGCAACUUCAAGGGACUCUGGUAAAAAUGCCGAAAUUACCUAUUCUAUCAUUGGAGGUAAUGAGCAUCGCAAGUUUGCCAUACAUCCUAGAACAGGUGAUGUAUCAGUGUUGGACACGCUGGAUUAUGAAAGGGCACAUGCAUAUCAACUAACAGUACAAGCUACAGAUGGUGGAGAGCCCCCUCUCUCAAAUCAUGCUACUAUCAAUGUUACGGUGACUGACAUUAAUGAUAAUGCCCCAAUAUUCCUUCAGAAUUCUUACUCUGCUGUCGUCAAUGAGGCUGCUAUAAUUGGAGAAAGAUUGAUACAGGUUGUUGCUACAGAUUUGGACAGCUUAGGAAAUGGUAGAAUCACAUAUGGUAUCGCUAAUGGUGAUCCUGAUCACCAGUUCAGAAUUGAUCAACUGUCAGGCUGGAUAUCUGUGGCUGGUCCACUCGAUAGAGAGAGUGUUCCAUCUUAUGAGUUGGAAAUCAUUGCUCUUGAUCAGGGUAUUCCACAGAGAUCUGGUUCUGUUAUGCUAAAUAUUGAAGUCAGUGAUGCAAAUGAUAAUCCUCCUGUAUUUGUGGAAACUAACCACACAUCCUAUGUUCAGGAAGACAAGCCUGUCAAUCAUCUAGUAUUUAAAUUUGAAGUCACUGAUGGUGAUGAAGAUGCUGCUCGAAAUGGAGGGCCAUUUACUUUUGAAAUUCGAUCAGGAAAUGAAGAGGGAGCAUUCAGAAUAACUCAGGAUGGUCAUUUACGUACUGCCACAAAAUUUAAUCACAAAGUUAAAUCACAUUAUCGUCUCCAAAUACGUGUAUAUGACAAUGGAAGACCACCACUAUACUCUGAAACUUGGAUUGAUGUCAAGAUCAUUGAAGAGUCCCGCUUCCAUCCAGUAGUAUUUCCUCUCAAAGUUACUGUGUUUGUACACACUGGGGAUUAUUUUGGAGGGAUUUUAGGAACAAUUAAAGCUGCAGAUGAGGACCCCUAUGACACACUUACAUAUUCAAUCAUGCCAGAUGAUCAUGGACUCAGCAGGAGAUAUUUUUCCAUUAACUCACAUAAUGGCACUUUAGCAGCACAGGGAGGCUUAGAUGAGGGCACUUAUUUAGUAAAUAUCUCUGUCUCUGAUGGAAAAUUCACGACAUACAGUAAAGCUGAAGCUGAAGUUAUUGACAUAAGUACAGAAAUGAUUAAUAAUUCCGUUAUUAUUCAGCUUGAGGGAGCAACUCCAGAAGAAUUUAUUUUAUCUUACAAACGAAGAUUUCACCGAGGUAUCAAAAACCUACUGAAUGUUAAAUCACGUGAUGUUAUAAUUUUAAGUCUCCAGCCAUCUCGCACAAGAUUCAGAAGAAAUACCAAGAAAAAGAUCUAUGCAAAACCUAUGUAUCACACUGCUGAUCUCGAUGUCCUUUUUGCUGUUCGAAGGACUCCUGAUGAAUACUAUAACCGAACCAUUAUUCGGAAGAAAAUUGAAAUUGGUCGUGAUAAUUUGGAGUCAGAUUUAGGACUGCAAGUGAUUGAAGUUGUCAAGGAUAAAUGUACAGAAAGUUCAUGUGAAAAUGGAAAUUGUGAAGAAAAUAUUGUCAUUGAUAAUGACCAAGUUGUUAUUGCUACAGACACUGUCAGUUUUGUUUCAUUACAUCAUCAUCAUGAAGCUCGAUGCAGGUGCCACACUGGCUUUUCUGGUGCUCGAUGUGACAUUGCUGUAAAUCAGUGUGCCCACAAGCCUUGUCAGUCAUACCAAAUCUGUGUACCUGAUAGUUCAAGACUGGGAUAUAUUUGCAUUUGUCCUAAAGGAUUAGUGGGCGCCACAUGUGAACAAAAUAUAACAAACUGCGUUAAUAAAGAAAACAGCCCUGAAUGCUAUCAUCCAAAGUCCCCCAUGACUUUCAAGGGCAAAAGUUAUGCGCAGUACUCUCUGCGUAAUCCCAUUGAGCGCCACUUUACCUUUUCAUUGUGGUUCAGAACUCUACACCCAUAUGGCAACAUAAUGUUCACAGCUGGUAGAAUUGAUUACAGCAUUCUAGAGUUACAAAAUGGAGAACUACAUUAUCGAUGGGAUUUGGGGAGUGGGGAAGGAUUAGUGGCUGUUUCUUUACGUGUGGAUGAUGGUCAGUGGCACCAUGUUGGACUGGAGAGGUUUGGUAGCACUGCAGAAGUAACUGUUGAUGCAAUGUAUCGGGGGCAAGGUGUUUCCCCUGGAUCAUCAGACUUGCUGAACUUAGAUGACCCUUAUUUAUAUCUUGGAGCUGAAGUUCGACCUUGGGCUGGUGCUCAAGACCCUCGCCAGGGCUUUGUUGGUUGCAUCGAUGAUCCUCGUAUUGAUGGUACAUCUUUACCAGUGAGUCACACUGAUUCAACAACCGUUGCUUCAUUAACCCGGUUAGCACACAUUCUGCCACUGUGUCAAGCUGCAUUGCAGCCUCCUGGAGUGUGUGGUUCUCUUCCUUGCCUUAAUGGUGGCACUUGUGAAGAACAAGGUGCCUCUUUUAUUUGUCAGUGCCACCCUCGUUUCCAAGGGUCACGUUGUGAAUUGGAUUCAAAUCCUUGUGCAUCUUCCCCUUGCCUCAACAAUGGCCAUUGUGUCAACAUUGAAAAUAAUUACAUGUGUGAGUGUCCUGCACGUGUGUCAGGGCCACGGUGCCAAUACAUGUAUUGUAAUCCUAACCCUUGCUUAAACAGAGGAAUUUGUGAGGAAGGUAUAUCUGGACCAAUCUGCAAAUGUCGUGGCUUUACUGGUGCUUACUGUAAUAUUGACAUAAAUGAAUGUGCAAAGAAUCCUUGCCAUAAUGGAGGAACAUGUAUUAAUAGUUAUGGAAGCUUCCGUUGUAUGUGUCCAAGAAAUGCAUCUGGCACAUACUGUGAUGAACUAGGUGGAGUUGUUAUUCCCAUCGGCAUGGAAGAAAUUAUUUAUAUAAUCAUUGGCAUUGUUGCUGUUGUCAUCUUGGGGCUCAUAAUUGUAUUGGCAAUGCAUUGUCGAGAACGAAGGGCCGCCCGCAGACGUCAGUUAAUCGAACAGACAAACCAUGUUAUUCUGAAGCCUAAAAAUACAGACAAUCAUCAUAACAUAUACAAAAGAAAUUCAAAGUUGAGCAAUUUGGAAGCAUCCCAGAAUCCGCACGGUUGCACGCCUCGCCCCGACUCCUACCCCACUAGUCCUAGUGAACCUGCCUACAUGCCGCUAAACAACUUUGACACCAUCCGUAGUUAUGGCUCUGCUGGGGACGAGCUAGAGAACCUUCCACAAUAUUCUCGGGACUUUGUCCAAAAUAUAUCGAAGCCCAACAGUCUUCUUCACCAUACACCUCAAAUUAAUCCUCUUGGAACCCCUAGAGGUUCCACAAUGGGAUCAACCAGGGGAUCCACCCUGUGCUCCCCAAGUUCUACCAAUGCUGCUGACUCUGACAGUUUACACAAGCCUUGGAAGGAUGCAUUGGCACAUAAUCUCAAGGAUACCUACUAUGAAAAUAACAAAAUUCAAAAUGAUGUAAAGUUCCGUCAGGGUGAGUACUUAAGCCUCAAGAAGCUAAGUGUAGAAGGGAGCACCAGGGAUGAUACAAGUGUGCGUUCAGGGGCCUCUAUGGAUGACCUGCCAGGCUACCACUGGGAUUGUUCCGAUUGGGCACGACCUUCCCAGAACCCACUUCCCAACAUCAUGGAGGUCCCUGGGGGAGAAGUGAGAGAUUCUUCAUCGUACCAUUCCAAUGAAUCAAACGAAUCUAUAGUAGUGAAGCCGGCACAAAAUCAGCCUUUGAUGCCGCCAGUUGAAGGUCCAGUAGAUCCCGGGCGUGACAUGGAGACAUUACCUGCAGACGAGCUGAUUAGUGAAUGUGACACUGAAUUUGAACUGGAAUCCCGACCAGAUUUAGACACCUCACAGCUUCUUGAUCCAAACUCUGAUGUUGGGGCUGAAUCAGAUACUUCAUUAUUCGUCCCACAACCUCAGCGCUAUGAGACUCACCCAAAUCAAUACUUACCAAGAUACCAAGUUGGCAGUGAAACAGAAACUGAUGAUGAAAGAGGAAAACUUUUGAAUACUUAUGAGGAUACAUACAAUGUUCCAUAUCAACCCCCCCAAAUUAGCCAUUUGCCUGAAGAUCGAAAUGGUGCCACUUACUCGCCUUAUCGCGUAAGAAGUAAUCGUCGACACGACACUGUCAAGCGAUUCAGUGAGUUUGGUGCAGAUAUUUCUGUAAUAUCUGGAAUGGAGGAUGAGGAAGAGGGAGCAUCUCUUUGGGGUGGGGAAGCAUCCAACACUUCAGCAUCAGACUUGGACAAUGUCUGUGAUAUUGAAGACUCUGAAGUUAAUUCGGAAUUUGAGAAUGAUGAUAAGCAAAGAAAAUAAUUUUUUUUUUUUUUGGAAAUACUGUAUGUAAAACAUUUUAUCGAUCAUGUAAUAAACUCAGUUUAGACUGUAUUAAAAUUGAACUGAUGAAAUACAGUAUGGUCAGCUACCACUAACACUUAUGAAUGACUCUGAAAAGAUUCUUUGUUUAAUGAAUCUUUUGCAAUGUUUGUACUCUCAUUAUUCUAAAAUUUCAGCUGCCAUUUCAUAGUGCCUAUAAGCUGAUUAAAAUAGUUACUGUAACUUAAUGUAUAUCUUCCAGUGUGCCUGAAUUCCCAAGAUCAUCAUUAAAUUUAAUAAAUGCAAAAUGAUAACUAUUUUUGUAGCAGUAAAUAAUGAUAUCCUUGGGUAAAGUGCCAAUUUAUUUUUAUCUUUGUCACAUACAUUUCCCCGCAUGAAGAAUGAUAGUUAAUAGCACUUGGAGAUAAUUAGCUUUGUGAGCCAGAAAGUGAACAUGUCUCCUGAAUGAAUCUGACUACAUGUCAAUGGUGCUAUAGCAUUGAGCUGCUACUCAUACUGCCAGAUGUCACUCUGCUAGUAUUGAAGUAAACAGUGUGUAAAUAUAUAAGUGUAAAUAAAGCCACUGGUGGUCAUUGUACAUAAUAUCCAAAAGUAUGUGUUCCACAGAAUGUUUAUAUUUUUGCCGUGUGAGCAGACAGGGUUUGAUUCUUCAGGUACGGAGUAUGACUGCCUAGGAGAGCCAUCAGUUACGUUCAACAGACUGGGCUAGAAGUUUGGCUAGUCUACUUUAACAAUAGUACUCAUGAUUUAUAUGUUUAAAGUAGGAUUUGUGAUUUAUGUACAUUUAAGUGUAAUGUAACUAUUUUUAACAUUUGGGAUUUAAGUUCAAUGUUGUUUUUAUUAAUAUAUAAUUUACAUUACCUAAUUUUACAGGAUUUUUUAGUGCAUUACAGUUUUGUACAUAAGUGUGCCAAAGGCAGCAGUCAUUUCCAAUGCCCAUAAGUGUCCUUUGGCAGGAAAAAGACUCGGGUCAUAAGGAAAAGUUAUCAACAGUAUGCUCUAGACCCUUGUCUGUCUGCCCAGAUAGUAGAAACUAGAAUAAUUUAGUAUGCAGAAAAUUUUUGAAAUUUUUUAUUACAGUUUCAAUGUAUUUUAUUACAAUUUAUAGACAAUACAUACCAGCACAGACCAGUCUCCACAUAGCUUCCCAUAACAGGCUUCCUAUGUAGUUCCCUUGUGUAUUUUGCUUAUACAACUACUGUUUGCCACAUUCUGAAACUGGAGAUGCAGUUUAACAUUAGUGUUUGUGUGUGUGUGUUAUGGUGAUAAGAUCAGCAUUAAUUAUUGGGGUAUAUUUGGUGAACUCAUUUUUCUUAAUACACUCUAAUGUAAUUCUUAUUUGUUCAUGUAUUAACUGCUGCUUACAGUUGCUGAUCUUUUCACAAAGUGCUCUGCUACUUUUGAAGUCAUAAUCCUCUUUAUCAUUCCGUUCCUGAUAGACUAUUGUACUAAUUGAAGUAAUUGUGAUAAUAGUUGUACUCUGUAAAGGAGGAUCCAUAUUUUUAAUGUGAACUAAUACUGGAGUAAUGGUUAUAAUUAAAUUUCUAUGGAUGAAUGUGUGGUUGCCUUGGCAGCUGUUGUUUUAUACAAAUUUUGUAAAUAAACUUGUAAUUUUU